GGAUGCCGCUUUGGCAUGUUUGUCGGCGCCAUAUUGGCAUGGCUGGUCUUCAUCACUAAUAUCAGCGUCCUUGCAUGGGCUAGCCGCGCGAAGAAUGGUAGCAUAUAUACUGGAGACUGCAACAAAGUCGAGAGGACAAGCACGGUGAUUCAUUUACUGAUCAACAUCCUUAGUUCGCUUCUCUUAGGCGCCAGCAACUAUUGCAUGCAAUGCCUUUGUGCUCCAACCAGGGCGGAGGUUGACCAGGCCCACUUUCAACGGCGCUUUAUCGAAAUUGGCGUCCAGAGCAUCCGGAAUUUUCGUCUAAUAAAAAGGUGGAAGUUUAUAAUCUGGUGUUUACUUGGAGUUUCUUCCUUACCGCUUCACCUGGUAUACAACUCUGUCUUCUACUCAAGUCUAGCCAAUCACGACUACUGGGUAUUGGGAAUUGAUCAAAAACUUCCCGAUCCAACUUCGGGAGACAUUUUCAACGAGCUGGGGUGCUUAAGUGCCGAUGAAGAUACAAUAGAUCCGAUUGCACUUCGGAAGAACAUGACAGCAGAUUCCAGCAACCUUGAGCGAUUGAGUAACUCGCAGUGUCUCGACGCAUACAGUAAGGAUCUGCUUCCAGAACGGAGCAAUCUGAUCCUCGUCAUGCAAAGUAACGACACAAUCUGCCAGCAGAAAGACAGCGAACAGUUUUGCUCCUGGUCAUAUUGUGCAUACAAUUGCUCUCAAUCAUUCCUUUAUAUUCUCCAUACGUAUGGGGUUGAAAGCCCCACAUAUGACUGGAUGAUUGCUGCCGAAGCCUACGAGGCAUACGACAGGGACGAGGUCAAUGCGAAACUGGCAAAAAUAAAGGAGCACCCUGACAAUUGGGCUGUACAAGGAGUGCCAAUUAAGGGAUGUUUAAGCCAAAGAGUGGAGCCGAAGUGCCGUCUCAACUUCAGUCUCCCUCUUGGUAUCACUGCGGUAGUCUUCAACUUUAUGAAGGCUUUCUGCAUCACGAUUGUAUUGUGGUUUUAUCGGGACCAACCCCUUGUGACCGUAGGAGAUGCCGUAGCGUCAUUUUUGCUAUCUCCAGAUCCAGACACCGCAGGGUUGUGCUUAACAACCGCGAUAGAAGUACAGGAUAUCUGGGGCAGACAAGAAAACACUACGGUGAAGGCGAAAGAGGCGUACAACCAACACAAGUUAAGCUAUUCCAAAGGAGCAAGCCGUAAUGUCUGGAUAGCGUGGAUAAUUCUGACAAACUGUUACAGUUUUAUCACCUGCAUUUCCGUGACAACCACCCUCGCCAUAUAUGGCAGCACUAAGACAACGAGGGAAGGCUGGCGGAGCGGAUUAGGCGCAGUAACUGUGUCCAACAUCAUCAACGGCUGGGCAAUACCAUCCUCCAACGUUGUCGCUUCUAUCCUAAUAGCCAACAUACCGCAAACGGUUCUCUCAUUCUUGUACCUUAUCCACAACAACCUCUGGACAAGGAUGCUCCUGGCAGCAGAGUGGAGCGAUUUUGCGUACGAACGCAAAGGGCUUCGACUCUCGUCCCGGAAUGCUGAUUCGUCUCAGCGGAGCACCUACUUCCUGCAAGUGCCAUACAGAUAUGGGAUCCCCCUGAUGGCGCUCUGUACCUUGCUCCAUUGGAUGAUCUCGCAAAGCAUCUACCUUGCAGUUAUCGAUAUGUACAGCAUGUCUGAUGAGCUAAUCCCGGAGGAGAGGAUUGUGACCUGUGGAUACUCUCUUGUUGCGAUAAUAUGCACUAUCGUCGUUGCACUCAUUAUGAUGGUAGUAACAAUCAUAAUGGCGCGGAUGAAGAAGCUAAAACCGGGGAUCCCAUUGGUCGGGAGCAACAGCGUGGCGAUUGCGGCAGCAUGCCAUGCACCCACGGACGGAGCGGACCCGAGAAAACCUGUCAAAUGGGGAGAAGUA